UGAAUGUGAAAAUGCAGUCUUGAAAAUACUCAGUAGGUCCAAUCUCAAAAGGGGGAUUGGACAGAUUAACGAUUGGGGAGCGCACUUUUCAAUCGGAAACCUAAACCGAUCACUCUUUAUCCAGAUGUUGACUGAAUACACCUAGACUUUGCUUUUCAUUUUUUAAAAAAAGCAAAUACUUGCAAUUUCCUACCCUGCCCAAUUGUUUAAUUUCAAUGACCGCGCGUUUAAAAAGGUAAAAUACUAGAUUUUACUAAAGCAGCGAUUUGUGAUGGCCAAACUCUCUCUUACCGCGUACCAUUAAAUUUGAUUUUAAAAUAAUAUAUUUUCUAGUUUUGACGGUAUGGAUUUGAUAAGUGCUGCGUUUCCUCGGUCUCUCCUACCCACGGAAGGUUUACGAGCAGCAUUGAUUCGGACUUAACAGAUAGGCGACUCUUGAUGCAGUAUUCUGACAAUGAGCACCCAAGGCGUAGCAGUCAAAAUUACUGAUGACGAUAUUCCGAUCCCGGUUCCCGAUCUCACACAGCGUUCUAAACAAACCAGAGAUGUAAUAACAUCCCUGCAUAGAACGCUUUCUGGUGCCUUAAAUAUCAGACAGAAACUCCCCCACCCCUCUGGCUCCUUCAAAUUAAUACUGUGCAACCUUUUGCAACGAUGAGACCUCAACAUUGAGCAGAGCGCGGCACGAUACAAGCAAUCGGAAUAUUGUAGCUUUCGUUGUCUCGUAAGGUGAUAGUCUGAAGCAGCCUGCAAGAUGCCAGAACAGAGCAACGAUUACAGGGUUGUAGUAUUCGGAGCGGGGGGCGUGGGGAAGAGCUCGCUGGUGCUGAGGUUUGUCAAAGGGACCUUCCGGGAGAGCUACAUCCCCACCAUCGAAGACACUUACCGUCAGGUCAUCAGCUGCGACAAAAGCAUCUGCACUUUACAGAUCACAGAUACCACGGGAAGUCACCAAUUCCCGGCCAUGCAGCGCCUUUCCAUCUCCAAAGGGCAUGCCUUUAUCCUCGUGUACUCCAUCACGAGCAAACAGUCUCUGGAAGAGCUGAAGCCCAUCUACGAGCAAGUAUGCCAGAUCAAGGGGGACGUGGAGAGCAUUCCCAUCAUGCUGGUGGGCAACAAGUGCGAUGACACCCUACGGGAGGUGCAGGCCAGCGAUGGCGAAUCCCAGGCCAAGCGUUGGAAGUGCGGCUUCAUGGAAACCUCUGCCAAGACCAACCAUAAUGUCAAGGAACUCUUUCAGGAACUGCUGAAUCUGGAGAAGCGCAGGGCCGUGAGCCUACAGAUCGACGGCAAGAAAUCCAAGCAGCAAAAGAGGACAGAGAAACUCAAGGGGAAGUGUGUCGUUAUGUGAAUUGUCUCCAACCGAAUAGCAACAAAAUGCAUACGUUCUGGACAACGGAUUGAGCAGAUUCACAAAAAAAAGGUCGGCUCGGGGGCAAGUGACCCUGUUGCCAACCGUUGGGGUUAUCUCCCAGAUGAAACGUGCAUUUAAAAAAAAUUCCUUUUAAGCCAAAAUUACGUUUCAAAAUAAAGUCCAAUUUCAAAACUGUCAAUUUGCUCUGAAGGACUCGGUGUGCAUUCGUAAUAAGUAACCAAGCUGCUUGUUUAAAUGAUCCGAAUGCACCGUGGAUAUUUAUAUUCCAAAACAAAGCAGCUAGUAAAAGCACACUCAUUUUUCCGUGUUCAAUCACGGAUUUUUUUUUAAUCUAUUAAAGCAUAGGGACAUAUUCACAAUAAGUAGCACCUUAUCACCGCAAACGGAUGAAUAUUAGGUCCUUUUUUCAAAGAAAACGAGAUAAAUGGUUUCAAUCAAUAUGGUUAAGCGUCAGAACAAUGGACUGUUGCUUUAAGUUAUUUAUGUAAUAAAUACAUUUAAACUUGCAUGAUGCUUUACAUUUCAAAACAUUCUGAAAUCAGUGCAGAAGGAUCAACCCUAGUGAGUUUUUCACUACAGCAACUUUUUUUUUGUUUCUCCCUCAACGGUAAGAGGAGAUUGUGGGGAAACCAAACUAAUGAAAUAGCACAUGAUCUUGCACAUCUUCAUUCGUUUAGCAUAGCAUCAAUUAAUCAAGAAAAAUUACACUGUAUUCUCAUUUAUUUAAUAUAUAUAUAAAGCGAAAGUUUGUAUAUCUGUAGAUCACUUUUCUCACUCAAUACAACGAGAAAGGAACAACUGGAAGAAACUUUGACUAAAAAGCAAAAACAACAAAGAAUUUGGUCUAAUGUUAUUGGACAUUUGAAGAAAGUCCACAGAAGUUGAAAUAUACAACUAAAGCAGUGAUCCCAAGCAGGUGAAGGAUAGUUAAUUUGGACAGAUUAAUUCUUCCAAACGCUCCAUAUGGAAAUGUAUUUUUUGUUUUGUGGAGCAACUUGCUAUGAUAUGAACAUAAAGCAAUUGUAUUUAUUCUUUUUUGGAGCAUUGAAGUAUAUUUCAUUAUUGUUAUUUAAAUGCCUGUACAGUCAUCUGUGCCUACACUUUCUAUAUUUUACAGUCCUACGCUGUAUAUUUCAAAUCCACAAUAAAAUAUUUGAGUUUAUCAAA